AUGGAGAGUCCAUCCGCACCUGAUCCUCCGGUGACUCCAACCCCGCCUGAUCCUCCGGUGACUCCAACCCCGCCUGAUCCUCCGGUGACUCCAUCCCCACCUCCACCGGUUACUCCAUCUCCACCUCCUCCGGUGACUCCAUCCCCACCACCUCCGGUAUCUCCGUCUCCACCACCUCCGGUAUCUCCAUCUCCACCACCUCCGGUGUCUCCAUCUCCACCUCCUCCGGACGACGCACCUCCUCCAAGGGCUCCGCCUCCACCUCCUCCAGACGAGGCACCUCCUCCAAGGACUCCGCCUCCACCUCCUCCGGACGAGGCACCUCCUCCGACGACUCCGCCUCCUCCUCCGAACGACGCACCACCUCCAGACGACGCACCUCCUCCGAGGAUGCCACCUGGACCUCCACCUCCGGUUGAACCCCCGGUGAUGGAACCGGUGAUGCCGCCUAGGCCGUCGGUAUUCCCUCCUCCACCACCUUCUCCAAGGCCGACACCGACGCCGAUCCCGACGCCGGUAACACCGUCCCCGUCGCCACCUCCACCUAGCCCGACGCCGACCCCAACGCCGGUAACACCGUCCCCGUCUUCGCCACCUCCACCAAGCCCGACGCCUACGCCAACUCCCGUAACACCGUCCCCGUCCCCACCUCCACCAAGGCCAACGCCAACGCCAACGCCAACGCCAACACCAACACCGGCAACGCCCUCACCUCCGCAGCGCAGGCCGCCCCCGCCUUCCCCGCCGAACGUGCCAGGCUCAUCUCCCCCGCCGCCUGACGUGCCAUUCUCGCCGCGGCCCCCGAACAACGUACCGGACUCGACAGCGCCUCCGGCGUCACCUCUAUCGCUGUAUCCGCCUCCGCCUUCGACAUCGAGGAAGUCUUCGUCGCCAGGCACCGCGGUGGGCGUGGGCGCGGCCGUCGGCGCGGUGGUCCUGCUCGGCCUCGCUGCUGCGCUCAUCUUCUUCUUCGUGGCCAAGCGGCGCCGCCGGCGCGGUAGGGUAGCGCCGCCGGGUACCCCAGCGGAUUUCCUCUACGACCCGAGACAGCCGGCGACGCCGCGGCAGCUGUCGACGACGCCCUCGAUGCAGUCGUGGCAGGACGGCGGCGGCGCUCCCGGGUCCCCGCUGGCCGGUGGCACGUUCGGGUACGACGAGCUGGCGGCUGCGACGGACGGGUUCUCGGAGGCGAACCUGCUGGGGCAGGGCGGGUUCGGGCACGUCUACAAGGGCACGGUGCGAGGGCAGGAGGUGGCCAUCAAGAAGCUCCGCGCCGGCAGCGGGCAGGGCCACAAGGAGUUCCGGGCGGAGGUGGACAUCAUCAGCCGGGUGCACCACAAGAACCUCGUCUCCCUCGUCGGCUUCUGCAUCCACGCCGAGCAGCGCCUCCUCGUCUACGAGUACGUCCCAAACAAGACGCUCGAGUCAAACCUGCACAACGGGAGCGGCCGUGCGGCGCUAGAUUGGCCACGGCGGUGGAAGAUCGCCGUCGGCUCGGCGAAGGGCCUCGCGUAUCUGCACGAGGACUGUCAUCCUAAGAUUAUCCAUCGCGACAUCAAGGCAGCCAACAUCCUCCUUGAUUACACCUACGAGCCCAAGGUUGCAGAUUUUGGGCUAGCAAAAUGCCAGGAAAUAGAACAGACUGCCGUUGAAACGCGCAUAAUGGGAACUUUUGGAUAUCUGGCUCCGGAAUAUGCUGCCACCGGCAAAGUCACCGACCGGUCUGACGUCUUCUCCUUCGGCGUAAUGCUUCUGGAGCUCAUCACCGGAAACAAACCUAUCAUGACAUCUUCAGAUCACCAGCCUGAAACAUUAGUUUCUUGGGCGAAGCCCUUGCUGACGAAGGCCGUGGAGGAGGAAGACUACGAGGAGCUUAUAGACCUGAAGCUGCAGGACAAUUACGACGCGUACGAGAUGGCGCGGCUCGUCGCCUGCGCCGCCGCCGCCGUUCGGCAAACCGCCAGGUCUCGCCCGCGGAUGACCCAGAUCGUCCGGUACCUGGAGGGCGAGCUGGCGGCGGAGGACCUGAACGCCGGCAUGGCGCCGGGCCAGAGCGCGAUGCAUCGGUCGUCAGGGGGCGGCAACACGGACGAGGUGAGGCGGAUGAGGAGGAUGGCGUUCAGGCAGGGGACCGGCACGGGCAGCGGCACCAUCAGCGAGUACGCCAGCAGCGAGCUGAGCGCCCCGACGAGCGAGUACGGGCUGAACCCGUCCAGCGAGUACACGGCCAGCAGCGCGGCAACCACGGAGGACAUGACGAUGACGGACGUCACAAGCAGAACAGGCAGCGGCGAGGCGAGGCCUGGAACUGAGCGCUUAAGCAGGCGCACCACCGUCAGCAGGCAGGCCAGACGUGCGAGCCAGGGCUGAUGAGACGCCGGAAUUUCGUCAAGAUUUACGAGCGAACGAUUUGGUUUGCGUUUCUUUGUGUAUGUGUUGGUUCUUCGGUUCUCAGAUCCAUGCGAUUUUUAUUGGGUGGUGGAUAAAGUUGUAACUUGUAUAUAUGCACGUCCACGAAUUCACCACUUAGAUGAAUAAAACACAAAGAGGUUUUAGAGUUUC